AUGGGCAGAAGAGGGAAAACGGGAAAUCAAAAGAUAGCGGCGAAUCCGAAGGUCACACUGGCGAGUCGUCCAUGGGGAGCCUCGGGCCCGUCCCCUCCGGCCUUGGUGGCUAAAGUUCAAGCCAUCCAUGCAGCAUGCUUCGAGAAGCUUAUCACCGCCAUUGCAGAUCGUAUGACGCCUCCACUCGCCCCCUCGGAGACCUUUCCAGUUAAGGCAGGUCGAUGGGCGAGGGAUGCCGAGGGACGACAGAUGCUCUCAGCGUCGGUGCGACUGAAAUCAGAUGGUGACAAUCGUCUGAAGCUGGUGGCAUGUACUACACCCCCAAAGUUGAUGGCCACGGCGAUAUGA